AUGAUAAGGCUAUCCGAGAGAAUGUAUAGGAAUAACCGCAGAAUGAGCCAACCGGACAAAAAGUACAUCACCGUGUACUACUGCAGAAAUAGUGGAAGGAACCAAGGAAAGGACAAAAAGAAAAUACAAGAAACAAACAAGGGAUACGUUACGAUAGAAAUAACUAGGAUGAACCAAAGGAUACAUCCCUAUAGAAAGGCAGAAAAUCAGCUUAUUUUUCGAAAGAGGUGUUCGAAAAGUGGCAAGUGGAGUAGAAGUGCAAGUAGCGUGGAUAACAGCAUCGACCGAGCUAGGGACCGCGGGAAGGACUCCCUGGCCAGCUUCAUAAACUCCUUUUUGAAUGAAAACUCAAAGUGGAACUGGACGAAAAUAUUACGCGACUUGGUGCAUGACACAAAAAACAGAAUCAACGAAAAAAUUAACGCUUUCCUAAAAGUGUGCGUUUUAAGUGCAGAUUAUUUCCCCAAUGAGUGGCCGGAAAAUGAUGACACGAUGACAAUGAUGAUGGGUGGGGGACCAACUGGAUCUGUGAGCUACUUCAACGCAGAGCGCGCAAAAAUGCUACUCGAGUCUGCAUCUGUGUAUGAUAGAAAAUGCACCACUGAGGGGAUUACAACCCAGGGGAGGUUCUCUGCACCGAGUUGUCCACCAAUAAAUAGAGACUGCUUCGGAUACGCUAAUGCUAACGGAGUUUAUAACAAUGCAGGGGUAAGGAACAACUACUGUGCACAGAACAUGACAAACCUUAAUAGCUUCAACCGACCACUUUUUAACCACAACUUAUGGGGUCAGUCGGAUUUUUUCCCCAUCCACAACUUGGGUGAUAAUUCGUAUUUACCGCAAAAUUGGGGAACCCCCUACUUGCACACACAUGCUGCUCCUUCGAAAAAAAAAAAUGUAAAAAACUUUUACAUUUCUGUGAUUAACAAAAAAACGAAUGUAAAGGAAGUGAGAAAGAUUAGCCUGAUGGAAAUUUGCACUUCUCCCUACCUGUUCCUGUGCCAAGGAUUUCUCUCAGACUUGGAGAGCUACUUGGCCUUGAAGCACUGUCUUUUGUAUCUUAAGAAAAACGAAACAGAGCUGUCGCAGGUCAACAUGAACUUGUUCUCCUCCCUGGUAGAUGUCGAUGAAGUCAACUUCCUGGAAGAAGGUGUGUCCAAAUCCAUCCUAAGACACACCAUCAAAAGACUCACCACUUUGUUUAAAAUUCCAACAGAUGACAUAAAAUCGCUUGAGUUCUGUCUGUACAUAAAAGGUAGCCAACAGAUGGAGACUCUAAAUUUCACUGGACAGAGUAUUUACAGAUAUUUCAUUUUAAUAUUUUUAAGCGGCCAAGAGGAGAACUUUGUGGAGUUCCCCCAGAGUGGACUCAAAAUUAUGACGAUCAUUGGCAACUGCGUGAUAUGUGAAUGCUUUGGGGUGAGGAAUUAUUCAAAUCCGAUUGCCGACUUCAAUCUAAACAACACUAGCUUCAAAUUCAAUCUCUCAGAAGAGAAACUAUUUUUCCUAAAAGUUAACCUCAGGGAAAACGUAGAUUUGCAGCAAUUGUUAGUAGAAGAAAUGGGUGAUGUCGCAACAGGUGAUAAGUCUCUUCCCAGAACCGCCACAUUUGCAGAAUUGUCCUGUGCAAGCUCCCCUAAUGCUACUUAUUCUUAUAAUUAUUUCCCUCCUCAUAGCCAUGUUACCUCCAGCCGUGUGAACCUUACUAGCGUCGGCUCUAACCCGGUGACCAAUCCAUUUUCGUGUGUUCAGCAGAGCGUGGACACCAUUAACAAAGAGAUAAUGCAGAUGAACAUGAACAGUAUGCGCAACUUAUACUUAAAGACGAAGACUGCUAAAAAUUGCGCAGCCCCCUUUGUCGUGCCCGUUUCGCAGUUUUCACAGUACCAAAUGGGAGAUAACUCCCCCAAAAGUACUAACCAAACAUAUGUUGCGUGUGAAAAAUGA